AUGGCUACGUCCACGAUCGCAUGUCCCGGCCAAGUCCUCGCUCCGAUAUCAACCCAUAUUUCGGGCUCCGGUACACACGUCUACGAGACAAACAUCAUCGCCUCGCUCAUCGGCACAACUGUCACUCAGCCCGCAGCUUCCAAGAACACCAAACCCACCAUCUCCAUCGUCCCUCAAACGACUCACUCACCCCUCCCAAACGUCUCCUCCACUGUCAUAGCCCGCGUCAUCCGCGUCCAAGCCCGCCAGCUGAUUGCCUCGAUCCUGCCCGUUCCACCAACUACAUCCGCAUCGACUCUCAUGCCUUACCCAACCACAACCGACGACUCUGUCCAGUACCAAGCCAUCCUCCGUCGCGAAGACGUUCGCGCCUUCGAGAAGGACAAGAUCAACAUGAACGAGUCCUAUCGUGUGGGCGACAUCAUUCGAGCGGUGGUGAUCAGUUUGGGUGACGAGAGAAACUACUAUAUCUCGACGGCUGGAGAUGAGUUUGGCGUGGUCGUGGCACGGAGUAGCGAAGUAGGGAACGCGAUGGUACCGGCGAGCUGGAGGGAGAUGAGGGACGUUAUUACGGGCAAGGGAGAGCCGAGAAAGGUGGCUAAGCCUUCGUGA